AUGGAACUGCCGGUCGCGCCGGUCGUCCCGUUCGGGACGCUCCUCGGCAUCACGGACGGCGGCGUCCACGUCUAUUGCUGCGACUACACGACGCUCUCAGACGACGCGCGCGCCAACCGCGACGACUUCAAGAGCGUGCACAACGGGAUCACGACGGGCUACAAGUGGCAGUGCGUCGAGCUCGGGCGGCGGUACCUGCUCGUCAACUUUGGCGUCGUCUUUGACAAUAUCGCGAUGGCGUACGACAUCUUCCGCUUGAAGAACGUCCGGCGCGUCGAGGACGACCAGCUCGUGCCCAUGCACCCGAACGUCAACGGCGAGGCCACCGAGCUGCCCGUGAAGGGCUCGCUCCUCAUCUGGAACCCCGUCGGCGAGUUUGAGCGCACGGGCCACAUCGCGGUCAUCGUGCACGCCGAGAACGACUAUGUCGACAUUGUCGAGCAAAACGUGGACGACGAGGUGUGGCCCGCCGGCCAAACCUACUCGCGCCGGCUCAAGGCCGUCGUCGACGAGGACUCGGGCGCGUACACGAUCACGUUCCUUGCGACGCCGGGUGCAGUGCUCACGGAAGGCAAAUCGCCGUACUUUACGCUCACGUCGCACGGACAGGCCGCGCUCGAGUAUGCGACCGACCACCUCCACCACAUGUUUCUCGACGCGACCGACUACGUCUUGCACCACGAGAAGGAGCUCGGUCCGCAUUUCCGCAUCCCGCAAAAGCUUUGGCCGCGCAUUCGUCGGUCGUGGUUCCGGCGCAAGCCCGACUGUGUCGCGGGGCGCUUUGACUUUACGCUGACGCACGAUGGCCUCAAAGUGUACGAGUACAACGCCGACUCGGCGUCGUGCCUUCUCGAGUGCGGCCUCACGCAGGACGCGCUCGCGUCUGUAUUGGGGCUGCCCGGCCAUAGCAACAGCAACGGACUUUUUGCCAAACUCGUCGACACGUGGGCCGCCCGCAACGUGAUUGGUCCGCUGCACUUGCUCUGCGACGACGAGCCCGAAGAGAUCUACCAUGCCCAGUACAUGGCGGCGGCCGCGACCGCUGCGGGCCUCGAGACGCAUGUGGUCGUGGGUCUAGGCGGCCUGCAGCGCAGCGGCCACGAUAUUUUGGACGCGGCUGGCAACAUCCUUCGCAAUGUCUGGAAGACGUGGGCGUGGCGCACGGCGCUCAACGAGCUCUCGGACGACGAGUGGGCUAAGUACCUCUUUGAAGACGACGCGGUCGACCCCAAGGCGUUGGCAACGCCCAAGUACCGCGAGCGGGCUGGCACGACGACCAUUCUUCUCGUCGAUGUGCUUUUACACCCCGCGAUUCGCAUUUUCGAGCCGCUUUGGACCGUCUUGCCGAGCUCGAAGGCCAUUUUGCCGGUGCUCACCAAGCUGUAUCCCAAGCACCCGCUCUUGCUGACGUCGUCGUUUGCGCUCACGCCCGAGCUGCAUGCGUCCGGGUACGUUGUCAAGCCCGUGACGGGCCGCGCGGGUGCCAACAUCUCGGUUGUCGACGCCGACGGCACGGUCUUGUCGCAGUCAUCUGGUCGCUGGACGGACGACUCGCCCGUGUACCAGGAGAUCGCACUGCUCCCGCAGUACGCCGGCGAGUACGUCCAGCUCGGCGCGUGGGCCAUCGGAGGCGUCUACGGUGGCGCAGUCGUCCGCGCCGAUCCGACCAAUAUCAUCCGCUUCGAGUCGCCCAUCUACCCCAUGCGCGUGCUGGACGACGAUGCGUCCACCUCGGCGUAG